AUGGCCAAGUACAACAAGCUCGCUGGCAAGCACGUCCUCGUCAUCGGCGGCAGCAGUGGCAUUGGCCGCGGCGUAGUCGAGGGCUCCAUCGAAGCCGGCGCCCGCGUCACGCUGUCCGGCUCUUCGGCCAAAUCCGCCGCGACAGCCGUAGCCGAAGUCCAGGCCGCAUACCCUACGGCACAAGUAGCCGGGGUGGCCUGCGACCUAUCCAAGGACUCAGUAGAAGCGGACCUAGAGGCGCUAUUCAUCGAGGCCAAGAAACCGCAGCCCAUCGACCACGUCGUUCUCACGGCGGGAGACGCGCUGCUGAUCGCGGAUGUGCAGGACAUCACGCUGGAGAAGAUCCGGCAGGUAGCGCGUUUCCGCAUGGAACUGCCCUUGCUGCUGGGCAAGGUGACCGCGCGCCACCUCGCCAGGAGCAACGAGUGCAGCCUGACGAUCUCCACGGGGGGCAUUGCCGACCGGCCGAGCCCCGGGUGGAGCAUGAUCGCGUACGUGGGGGCCGGUCUGACGGGGCUCGCGCGCAACUUAGCCGUCGAUCUCAAGCCCGUCCGCGUCAACGCGGUAGAGCCGGGGUUCGUGAUCACGGGGCUCUGGGGGGCGAUGGGGUUGACGGCCGAGCAGUUGGAGGCGCAGGCUAAGGCUGUCGCGGACAAGGUCCCGACGGGGAGGGCGGCGACGGUGGAGGAUGUCGCGGAGGCGUAUUUGUAUUUGAUGAAGGAUAGGAAUGCGACGGGGGAGAUUGUGAAGACUAGGAGCGGUAGUAAUUUGGUUUAG